UGGCUGCCAGUGUGACCUCACCCUCUCCAGUGCCCCCUACUCGGUGCCAGCUAUGAGUUCCUGCAAUUUCACACAUGCCACCUUUGUACUCAUUGGUAUCCCCGGAUUAGAAGAAGCCCAUUUCUGGAUCGGCUUCCCCCUGCUUUCAAUGUAUGCUGUAGCAGUGUUUGGAAACUGCAUCGUGGUGUUCAUCGUAAGGACGGAGCGCAGCCUGCAUGCUCCCAUGUACCUCUUUCUCUGCAUGUUGGCAGCCAUUGACCUGGCAUUGUCCACAUCCACCAUGCCCAAGAUCCUCGCCCUCUUCUGGUUUGAUUCCCGGGAGAUUACCUAUGAUGCCUGCAUUGCCCAGAUGUUUUUUAUUCAUGCCCUCUCAGCUAUUGAGUCUACCAUCCUGCUGGCCAUGGCCUUUGACCGUUAUAUAGCCAUCUGUCACCCACUACGCCACGCAGCAGUGCUCAACAAUACAGUAACAGCCCAGAUUGGCAUGGUGGCCGUGGUCCGUGGAUCCCUCUUCUUUAUCCCACUGCCUCUGCUCAUCAAGCGGCUGGCCUUCUGCCACUCCAAUGUGCUCUCACACUCCUAUUGCGUGCACCAGGAUAUGAUGAAGUUGGCCUAUGCAGACACAUUGCCCAAUGAGGUCUAUGGUCUUACUGCCAUUCUGCUGGUUAUGGGCGUGGAUGUUCUCUUCAUCUCCUUGUCCUAUUUUCUGAUUAUACGAACAGUUCUACAACUGCCUUCCAAGUCAGAGCGGGCCAAGGCUUUUGGAACCUGUGUGUCACACAUCGGUGUGGUUUUAGCCUUCUAUGUUCCUCUCAUUGGACUCUCAGUGGUUCACCGUUUUGGAAAAGGCCUUGACCCCAUCGUGCAUGUUCUUAUGGGUGAUGUCUAUCUACUUCUGCCUCCUGUGAUCAAUCCCAUCAUCUAUGGUGCCAAGACCAAAAAGAUCAGAACUCGGAUGCUAGCUAUGUUCAAGAUCAGCUGUGACAAGGACCCUCAGGCUGUGGGAAGCAGGUGA